CCCCCGAGUUCAACGACAUGCUGCUCGGCACCUGCAUCAUUCUAGCCAUCUGGUUGCUUCUGGUUUGGACGUACUUUUUGUGGACCCGACGACGGUACUACAAGGCCGCCUGGCAGCUAAAGGGACCUAUCGGCUGGCCUUUAAUCGGCAUGGGGCUGCAAAUGAUGAAUACCGAGACCUUUCUGCAGUACAUGGAUAAACUGUCGCACAAGUUCAAAGCACCCUUCGUCUCCUGGAUGGGAACCAGUUGCUUUCUCUACGUCAACGACCCACAAACUGUGGAGCAAGUCUUUAACUCGAACCACUGCACCAACAAGGGAGACUUCUACCGCUUCCUGAGCUCGGCGAUAGGCGAUGGACUGUUCACAUCUAGCGCUCCCCGCUGGCACAAGCAUCGUCGACUCAUCAACCCUGCGUUUGGACGUCAGAUCCUCUGCAACUAUUUGCCCAUUUUUAAUGCCGAGGCGGAGGUUCUGCUGCUGAAGCUGGAUCUGGAGGGUGUACAGCAUGGCAAGGAAUUGGAGAUAUAUCAGAUCUUGAAGAAGAUUGUACUGGAAGCGGCAUGUCAGACAACCAUGGGCAGGAAAAUGAAUUUCCAGCAUGACGGCUCUGCGGCAAUAUUCGAGGCGUACAAUGGAUUGACGGAGGUGUGUGUCAAGCGAAUGCUGUCGCCCUGGCUCUAUCCGGAACUCAUUUAUCGACGCUCGCGACUCUUUGUCCAACAGACGAAGGUUGUCGGCGUUCUCCGUGGGUUUGUGGAGCAGCUGCUGUCCCCGAUUGUCUCGGUUGUGGAUCUCGACACCUCCAAGGAGCCAUUGCAACAGGAGUCGAAGAAUAAAUCGAAGUCAAUUUUUAUUGAACAGGUGAGGGAGCAUGUGGAGCGUGGACAACUUAGUUGGCAGGAUGUCAGAGAUGAGGCCAAUGUCACCAUUGCAGCGACCUUUGAGACCACAUCAACGGCUCUCUACUUCACCAUACUCUGCCUGGCCAUGCAUCCGACCUACCAGGAGAAGCUACAUAAGGAGCUAGUGGCGGAACUUCCGCCUAACGGAAACAUUUCCUUGGAUCAGUUGGAGCGCCUCUCCUACACAGAAAUGGCAAUCAACGAGGCCAUGCGGCUUUUUGCACCCGUUCCCAUGGUCCUUCGCUCCGCAGCUCAGGAUUUCCCUCUCCGGCGCGAUGACGGCGAUUUUCUAAUCCCACGCGGCACCCAGAUCGGGAUCGACAUCUACAAUAUGCAGCGGGACGAACGGGUGUGGGGACCACUGGCCCGCACCUACAAUCCGGACGCACAUUUCGGACCCGAGGCACCAUCCCGUCAUGCCUUUGCUUUUGUGCCAUUCACCAAGGGUCUGCGCAUGUGCAUCGGUUACCGGUAUGCUCAGAUGCUGAUGAAGCUGCUGCUGGCCAAGAUAUUUCGGAGCUAUCGCAUCAUCACAGAGGCCCGGCUGGAUCAGCUCCUGGUCAAGGGAAAUAUAUCGCUCAAAUUGAGUAAUUAUCCCCUGUGCCGGGUGAAGCGAAGGUAAUAAAUGGUCAGGCUUCCAUCUUCCAUCAAUGUCCUCAGCUCUUGUCCUGCCCUCGUUGCACUCCAUCUCGAACGUCUUGUUGCUGUAAUUUUCCAAUUAAAAAUGUAAUUUUUGUUUUAUUU